AUGGGCAAGCGGGAGAUGGCUGUGCACCCUGGAAACCGCGAUUCCAGUUACCACUCAUGGAAAGCAAAUGUGAUAACUGAUGCACUGAAUCGAAAGUCACUAGGAGUAGUAUUGCCAAUAGUGGAGAUUCAACACCCUAUCCAAAUGGAUUCGGAGAGGUUAGAUGUGGAGCUGAUGGAGGGUAAUCAACAGACAUUCAUUGCCAACUUGGCGGGGGAGGAGGUCAGUAUUUCGGAUGAUGGAGCCUUGAGGUUCCGUUCCAGAUUAUUCGUUCUUGCAGACACUGAGAUCAGGAGGAUGAUCUUAGAAGAGGCUCAUAAACUCCUUUACACUGUGCAUCUGGGUAGCAUGAAAAUGUAUCGGAAUCUACGGGAAUCCUUCUGGUGGAGCGACAAAAAGAGUGAGAUUGCUGAAUUCGUGAAACAGUGCUUGACGUGCGAGCAGAUAAAGGUUGAGCACCAGAGCACCAAAGACCAGCACGGCAAAGACAAAACUCUAUAUGGGUAG